ACACACUCUGCUAUAAAUACAUGAAUCAUAUCUAAGGCUGUGCUGGCAGCACAGUGUCUGUAUUUACUUACCAAGGGUGGACAGAUCCACACACUGCUGUGUGAACCGCCACUUUGACUGGAUUUAUCUUUAACUGUUGUUAAAAACAACUUUUCAACAGACAGUGGAACUUCUUGAAAAAGGGGUUUUGUUUCUCCUGAGGGUUUGUCGAGUAAACGGCCACCAUGGGAGGCUUUUGGGGUGAUAUCGCCAGUCAGAGGGUUGCCAGAGCUUUGUCAGUGGGGAGUGAUGAGGAGGCGGUGUUGGACCGGGGGAAGACCAGCUCAACCCUCUACACUAAUUUUGAGAAGGAAGAACUGGAGAGUCACAGAGCGGUGUACGUUGGAGUCCAUGUCCCCCUGGGUCGACAGAGUCGGCGGCGGCAUCGACACAGAGGACACAGACAUCACCGGAAACGGCGGGACCGCUCAGAUCGGGACGACGGACGAGAAUCACCAACCUAUGACACACCAUCUCAGAGAGUCCAGUUCAUCCUCGGCACAGAGGAUGAUGAUGAGGAGCACAUACCACACGACCUGUUCACUGAGUUGGACGAACUCGCAUUCAAAGAUGGAGACAUUCAGGAGUGGAAGGAGACGGCCAGAUGGCUGAAGUUCGAGGAGGAUGUGGAGGACGGCGGUGAGCGUUGGAGUAAACCCUACGUGGCUACACUAUCUUUACACAGUCUGUUCGAGCUGCGAUCCUGCAUCCUGAACGGCACUGUACUGCUCGACAUGAGGGCCAAUACCAUUGAGGAGAUUGCAGACAUGGUGAUUGACAGCAUGCUGGCCUCAGGUCAGUUGGAGGAUGGGCUUCAGGAGAAAGUGAGGGAGGCCAUGAUGAGACGUCACCACCAUCAGAAUGAGAAGAAGCUGAGUAACCGCAUCCCUCUGGUCCGAUCCUUUGCAGACAUAGGCAAGAGGCAAUCUGACCCUCAUCUGCUGGAACGUAAUGGUCUGCUGGCGUCGCCGCAGUCCGCUCCUGGAAACCUUGACAACAGCAAAAACAGUGAGAGUCGCAUCAAUGGUGGCGGAGGGGGAGGCAGCCGAGAGAACAGCACCGUGGACUUCAGCAAGGUGGACAUGAACUUCAUGAAGAAGAUUCCUCCAGGAGCCGAGGCCUCUAACGUCCUGGUGGGAGAAGUCGACUUCCUGGAGCAUCCUAUCAUCGCCUUCAUUCGCCUGUCCCCCGCUGUGCUGCUGACCGGUCUCACAGAGGUCCCCGUGCCCACCAGGUUUCUCUUCCUGCUGCUUGGUCCAUUUGGAAAAGGUCCACAGUACCAUGAGAUUGGACGCUCCAUCGCCACUCUGAUGACAGACGAGGUUUUCACGACGUUUGCCUACAAAGCAAAGGACAGGAACGACCUGGUGUCUGGGAUCGAUGAGUUCCUGGAUCAGGUGACUGUGCUUCCUCCAGGUGAAUAUCCCAGCAUCCGCAUUGAACCACCAAAGAGCGUCCCAUCUCAGGAGAAGAGGAAGAUGCAUCUGUCCCCAAUGGCUCCGCCCACCAUCAGACAUCUUUAAGGAGACGGAGCAUCACACCGACCUGAGCUGCAGAGAACGGGGAGGAUCUUUGGAGGUUUGGUGAUGAACGUGAGGAGGAAAGCUCCUUUCUUGUGGAGCGACAUUCGAGAUGCCUUCAGUCUGCAAUGUUUGGCGUCCGUCCUUUUCCUCUACUGUGCUUGCAUCCCUGUUAUCACCUUCGGAGGCCUCCUGGGAGAAGCCACCAAAGGAAACAUAAGUGCCAUUGAGUCUCUGUUCGGGGCGUCGCUGACAGGAGUGGCCUAUUCCUUGUUUGCCGGUCAGCCUCUCACCAUUCUGGGCAGCACCGUUCCAGUUCUGGUUUUUGAGAAGAUCCUCUUCAACUUCUGCAGUGACUACCAUCUCUCCUACCUGUCCUUGAGGACCAGCAUCGGCCUGUGGACCGCCUUCUUCUGUCUGGUUCUGGUUGCCACCGAUGCUAGCUCGCUAGUCUGCUACAUCACCCGCUUCACAGAGGAGGCCUUCGCCGCCCUCAUCUGCAUCAUCAUUUAUGAGGCUCUAGAGAAGCGUUCCCUGGGAGAGGUCUACCCCAUCAACAUGCACACCACCGGACAACCUGACCUACUACACUCGUACUCAUGUCACUGUUCUGCUCCUGUUAACGCCACACCCGAGACCCUUAAACUAUGGAGAAGCAAAAACCUGACGCUAGACUCCAUAGAGUGGGAUCAGCUCACCGUGCAGGACUGUGUGAGUCUUCGCGGUCAGUUUGUCGGAUCAGCCUGCAGUCACAGCGGCCCCUACGUCCCAGAUGUCCUCUUCUGGUCCGUCAUCCUCUUCUUCACCACCUUCUUCCUCUCCUCCUUCCUCAAGCAGUUCAAGACCAAGAGAUACUUCCCCACUAAGGUUCGAUCCACCAUCAGUGACUUUGCCAUCUUCCUCACCAUUAUGAUCAUGGUGUUGGUGGAUUAUCUAGUUGGAAUUCCAUCACCUAAACUCAAUGUACCUGACCGCUUCAAGCCUACAUCCAACACUCUGGGUUGGCUCAUCUCCCCUCUGGGAACAAACCCCUGGUGGACUCUGUUGGCUGCUGCUGUCCCUGCUCUGCUCUGCACCAUCCUGAUCUUCAUGGACCAGCAGAUCACCGCUGUCAUCGUCAACCGGAAGGAAAACAAGCUGAAGAAGAGCUGUGGCUAUCACCUGGAUCUGCUGGUGGUGGCUGUCAUGUUGGGUAUCUGUUCCAUCAUGGGGCUGCCGUGGUUCGUGGCGGCCACAGUGCUUUCCAUCUCCCAUGUCAACAGCCUGAAGGUGGAGUCAGGGUGUGCGGCACCCGGAGAGCAGCCCAAGUUCCUGGGAAUCCGUGAGCAGAGAGUCACAGGGUUCAUGAUCUUCAUCCUGAUGGGCCUCUCCGUGUUCAUGACCUCUGCCCUAAAGUUCAUCCCGAUGCCUGUUCUUUACGGAGUUUUCCUCUAUAUGGGUGUGUCCUCCCUCAAAGGCAUUCAGCUGUUUGACCGGAUCAAACUGUUCGGUAUGCCGGCCAAACACCAGCCAGACCUGAUCUACCUGCGCUACGUCCCUCUGUGGAAAGUCCACGUCUUCACGGCGGUGCAGCUGUCCUGCCUCAUCGUCCUCUGGGUCAUUAAAGUCUCAGCUGCUGCCGUCGUCUUCCCCAUGAUGGUUCUGGCACUGGUCUUCAUUCGGAAGCUUCUGGACUUCUUCUUCACCAAGAGAGAGCUGAGCUGGUUGGACGACCUGAUCCCCGAGAGCAAGAAGAAGAAGGACGACGACAAGAAGAAAAAGGAAAAGGAGCAUGCUCAGCGAAUGCUCGAGGAUGCAGAUGAUGAACCUCCAUACAACAGAGGAAAUGUCUUGAAGAUCCCUAUUAAAAACCUCAAGGGACGUGUGGACCCGUCAGAGGUGAACAUCUCAGAUGAAAUGGCCAAAAGUGGUAUUUGGAAAUCUGUCAACUCCGACAGCAGCAAGUCUCUAAAACGCAGCAGCAGUCAGGAGAAGUUGCCCAGUAUCCAGAUUAAUAUAGAGAAUGAUGGCCGUCGAGUCGUGGAUGCUGAGACAUCGUUAUGACACUUCACCACCACCACCAGAGGGAGCCAUGUAAAGGACAAGGUGGGCGGAGCUUCUCUCUCUCCUCCCCGUCAUCUCUGAGCUGAGGUUAAAGGUCACAGGAGGACCGUGCCUCACCUGGCCGCUGCACUGUAGGUUUUAAUUUUCUCAUCGUUUUAUGGUGAAACACAGAGACUCUGUUGCCAGGAGUAAACAUGGCCGCGACUCAGAAAUGUCCUCUUCAGGUUUCUCUGGUUGGUCUGUAUUCAGGCAGUUGGCCACUGCUGCGCCGUGAUUGGUAAGGUGACUCUUCUUCUGUUGUCACUGUUUGUGCCUUUUGGACCUUUUUAACAUGAACAAUUUCAAAUCAUGAUCUGCUUUGAUGAAGCAGAGGCAACUCUUCACCUCCAACAAGACACAGGUUUAUUUAAUCUAUCAUGCUGAUUUGUAUAUUAAGUUUUAUGUGUGACUGUCAGUGUGUGUGUGUGUGUGCGUGUGUGUUAGUGCACGCAUGCGUGUAUGUGUGUGUGAGUGUGUGUCGUACUGCACCUCGUUGCCUGAAGCAGCUGAAUGAAUUCACAGCUGCUGCAAAAAGAGUUUCCAAAUAAAAUCAGUUUGGUGACGAUC